AUGUCCUCUUCCUCUAACCAGGCUACUCGACAAAGACGCAUUGCAGUGCUUGGCGCACGAGCCGUUGGCAAAUCCUCACUGGUCAUUCAAUUCUGCGAGAAUCACUUUGUCGACAGCUAUUAUCCAACUAUUGAAAACACCUUCACAAAGAGCAUCAAGUAUAGAGGACAAGAAUAUGUUGUGGAGAUCAUGGAUACAGCAGGCCAGGAUGAAUACUCGAUUUUGUCCCAGCAUCAUGCUUCCAGUGUACACGGCUAUGUACUAGUUUACUCGAUCGCUUCUCGUUCCAGCCUUGAUAUGAUCCAAGUCAUUCGUGAUAAGAUUCUUGAUUUCACUGGUCUUGACAACGUUCCAUGUGUGAUUGUCGGCAACAAGAGUGAUUUGAAUAUCCAAAGACAAAUUACGCAACAAGAAGGCAAAGAGAUGGCAGAAAAGUGGUCAUGUCCAACCAUUGAAACAUCGGCCAAACAUAACGAGAAUGUUGCCAAGAUCUUUGACCUGCUGAUUGCAGAGAUUGAAAAGGCCAAUAAUCCACCCUCGGAGGAAAAGAACGGCUGUGUCAUCUCCUAA